CCGCAGUUCAACUCCAACUGCGCAUUGCGUGGAAGAAAAGGUCUCACCAGAUCUCAUACCAACUCGCAAACUCCUAGUCUAAUCUGCGCGCUGUUCUCGGUGUAUAUCAGUACCAUCUCCGCCAGCUUCGUUCAGCCACCUACCUGAUCUAAGCAACUUGAACUGCGUGUCGGACGUUUCCUCCUCCGCUUGUUCUACCAAUACCAACUAUGGCUUGGGGACUUCCGACCUGGCUAGGGGGCAGUUCUACACCAGCACAGCCCGAACCGGCGCGACCCAAAUCCAAGGACGGCGGCUUCGUGGCGCCCGACCGCAACGCCCGAGAACUAUGCUACGAAUCCCGCGAUGUCUUCUUCGACUGCCUGGAUCGGAAUAACAUCCUGGAUGCGAUCAAAGAGGACGAAAAGGCCAGGAAGGUCUGCCCGCAAGAGGUGGCACAGUAUGAGAAAGAUUGUGCCAAAAGCUGGAUCAAAUAUUUCAAGGAAAAGCGAGUAAUGGAAUACCAACGAGACCAGACGAUAGCCCAGAUUCAGAGAGACGACGCAAAGGCUGCGGCGAAGGCGAAAGAAGGUCGGGGGAAGAGUUCAUGGCUGGGAUGAUUCAGAGACUAGGACACCGUUCUGUGGAGGGAUAGGGCAAUAGACGACAUUCAGCCAGUGGCACCUAUGACCAGAAACCUUGUAUAACAGAUAUACCAUGAUGUGCAAGCCCAUGUAUUACAGUGACGAACCAGAGCGGGAGAAAACGUUGUUUGGAAAAGGGAAACCGACGCUUGGUUCUCUUGCUUGAAAUACGGACCUCGUAUAAUGAAUGAAUAUAUUCUUCACUCAUCCAACGACUCUUGACGGCAACAUUUGCGCCGAUCGGGAGGAAGGCUGCAUCACAGACUUGUGGGGAUGAGAUAUGAUCACCGAAAGUCCUACCGCCCUAAAGGACCCAAUACGCUCCCAACCAUAACAGCAGCCUCCCGUUCCCAAUUACCCACUGCCUCUCC